AUGACGACCACUCUCGAUCUCCCAAACAACUACUCCACCAACGUCUUCACUCUUAAUGACUUUGCAGAGAUUGCUUAUAUCGUUUGCACAGUUGCAACACCGCCGACCCAAGACGCCGUAGCAAGUAGCUCGACUCCGGAGAACAUUCUUGCUCGGCUCCGGAAGACAGAGCAACAAUUCCGCGAAGCUUCAAUUCUCGCAGCGCUGGAUGUCGAGACCCGUCAACUAUUUACCUUUUACAAAAAAGUUGAUAUCGCCAAUGCCAAAGACCAGAAGACGCUAUUGAGCAAAUUCGGCUAUGUCCUCCGUAGCAAUACUUGCACUAUAGCCUAUAAGACGGCCGCACGGCUUCCGGAUUUGAUUAAGCCGGAGCAGGCUCGAUUAUACCGCCUCUUCACUACUGCGGUUGUCUCUAGCAUCAAGCUUCUUCCCGAUGGCGAUUCUGCUGUUCAACCGGUAGGGCCAAAUCUCUACUUGGUUGAGCGAACGGCAUCAGAGGGCAUGAACUCAUUUGAGUCGAUUAGCAAGUGGAGCCUCUAUCGUAUUGACCUGCAAGUCAUUCCAAGCGGCCUUCUCGUUUUGACAAUAGCGAAAGAUGGGAACUUAACAUUCCUCCGGAUGUUAGAAGUCACCCAAGACUCCAAUCGACUUCAGCGCCUCAUGAGAGAUUCCACUGCGGUGUAUCUUGCGCCAGUUGGACGGAUUGCACGGUUAGCCUAUCGAGGUAUCGAGUCUAGAAUCGCCCUCGCUGCGGACCAUCCUGGACAAGUGCUUGUCGGAGAUCAGACCCUGGACGUGUGGAAACAGCUGUGGAAGGAACUGCUACCGCCAUGGCUGAAAGAAAACAUGACCACAGCGACUGGUACUGAAGAUCCGGGCUGGAUUGAGGCAGAGAUUCCAGUGCAAGAGGUUGAUGCAGAGUCAAGACGUAGUCCAAACUCUCCGAGUUCGCCUCAGUCCUCCGACGAGAAGGUCAUUUGGAAACCCAUAUCUUGGCCGGCGAGUCUGUGCUUUGUCCUAGACAGUCAUUGCACUGACCCUGUUAGUCCAACUAGCAGUGACGAAGAUCCCAUGCAGUUCGUGCAAGAUUGGCUCACUGGCACUGGAAAACAGCCUGCGUCUACCAUGAUGGCUGGCCGUUCACACCGAGACACAGGAGAAGAUGAUGAUGAACUACUCUUCGCCGACGAGGACGCAUUUGAAGAUUCAGAGCACUUCCAACCGUUUGCGCCUCCAGCAUUUCCGGGCAGCCAAAGCAUCUACCCUACGCCUCCCGAUGUCCUGAUGGCACAUCCUACCCCAGGACUUUCGUCAAUGGACGGAGUGUCAAUGACCCCUGCUAACCUCGCCCGAGGACCGUCUGAUGCGGUACAGCAGUAUGACUCAGAAAUGCAAGACUUGGAGGACGUGUCAGGGCCUGGCGGCCUCUCUGGGUUCUACGAUGAGGACCUUUUCGAAGAGCUGCCUGAUGAUCACUUUGGCCAGGAAGGCAACGGCGACGAGCCCAAUUGGGAUUUUUUCGAUCGUCCAGGCGGUGACAACAAGGCGACGCCCAUGGCGACGUUGGCUCGAGGCGAGAUCUUUUCAGCGAGGACCGAGCUCCCAGAUGGCGCAAAGAGCGCUGAGGAUCGGCUGGCUAACGACGACAUCAGAAUGCGGUGGGAGCAUCAGAGCGACAGUAACAAGGUUACAGCACCCGCCAGCACGACUUCAUGGCCCGAAGGGAAUAUGGAAAAGCAGGAUUCUACGUCUAAUACAGAGAAAAGAAGUUUUCCUCGCCAACUCGACCUGGAGAAUAGGUCCCAAACCUCCCAGAGAUCAGGGCAUCCAAAAUCGAGAUACAAUGUUGUCGCAACUCAUCCUAAAGGAGCAGGUCCUAGUCGCCGGUCAAGCAUGUACGAUGGUAUACGCCCCAUGUCAACAACCUCUGAUAGGGACAACAGAUACAUGGCGGAUGGCGAUUACUGGUUUGACCCAAAUCCAGAAGCUCCACAGUCUUCGCACCCAUCUAAAUUCGCAACUAUCUUUCAAAGACCUUCAUCGAGUUCCUCCGGAAGCGGUAGUUCCGUGGGCAGCCUCUACCCUUCAUCGGCUCUCGAGGCCUCCGGAAGGAAAUCCCCUGAUUUUCCAAGACAAUGGACUGAAUAUCAACAGCCGCCUGAUGUGGUCAAUAGUCUCAGUGAGGUUGAUAGGAAGUCAGCCGAGCAUGAGAUCCAGCAUCUUCUCACCCUACUGAAACCUGGUUUCCUGGAGGUCCCCUCGAUAACUGAUUUCGGAUCGCAUGAUGGACUCCAUACGAUCCCAGAGGUCGGCUCCAAUGAGCUCAUGCAGAUCGCUCAUGUACUUGUUGAGCAAAUAUCACAAACGUCUCUAAACACCACAGAAAUGCGUCUUAGUGAGUCGCCCGAGAUGCCUGGAGACCUGCUGGGUGUCAAUGUCGACCUAAGUGGCAUAAAUACGUCUACAAAUGCGUCAUCUGUGCAGCAACUUGUCCAUCUCAAGGUGGACAGCAACAACUCCAAGGGACAGGGAAAAAUUGUAAAGCUCCUUCCUAGCCAAAUAUGUGUUCGACGCGCGGAUCAGCCACUUUUGGCUUCAGCUUCUAUCUUGGACUUUUGGGAUACUUUGAACCUGCAGCCCGAAAGCGGCGUCAAGAAUGUCACCGCCUUCUGCAUACACCCAGAUGCUCGAAAUGUGGCCGAUGGUUGUUCGAAUCUCCUGCAUCGGAUGGCAGAUACUUACAGCAGCUGUGCGCUCGGAUCGCAUUCGACAGGACGCCUACCUGGUGUGACUGAUGAUGGACUAGUGAUAUGGGAUCAGAAAGGUCCCAGCCGUUCCGGUCUCCACGAGACCUGCCAGAGAUUGGGCAGUGCGCUUGCCACAGCUUCUAGUACCAACGACACUGUCAUCGUCUACAUGAUUAGCCAGGAUAAAAGUGCGGCGGCUUAUCUCCAGGCAUGUCAAGCAUUCUACACACUGUUUGAAUCAUUCAGACGAGGACUGGGAGACCGGCAGGACUUCUUCGACAUUGCAUUGCAAGUCAUACCACCGGACUUCAUUGCAAGCCCGGAGACGUUGGUGAUACAUCCUCAAAGUACCUAUAUCAAGUUAGCGAUAGAGGUUUACAACCGCCUGCCGCCAUCAGACCUCUCGGGACCACCGGCUGCUGCCGGGUCUGCGAUUGUGCUAGCGAAGGCAGACAGUUCUGUUCAUUUUCGACUUUCUCCAACCUUUACCUCGCCACUAUUCAAGAAUGGACCGUGCCUCCACCUUGCAUAUUCUAUCAGUGUCAAUGGACGAUGGAUUACUGCGGCCUGGACCGACGAACUUGGCCGAGUUGCGUUGAUCAUGUCGUACUGUAUUCGCUUGUACGACCCGGCGCGCCAGAGGCCAAGGCAAGAGAUAUUCCAGGAAAUGUGGGAGGUAUCGCACGACAUCAUGGGAAGAGUGCACAGCUCUUGGCAUUUGGCUGUCGUGAAGCAAGGUCAUUAUGAGCCCGCCGAAGUGCUUGAGUGGCAGCAGAUUAUCGACGGUUCCAGCACGUCGCGGACAGGAUGCUUGACACUGCUCGUCUCGGUCCAACUUGAGCCAGUUUUGAGGGUCUUUCCACCACAUGCUCAAUCAAAGUCGGGUCAGCCAAGCUUACAGAAUACAUAUGGAACCCCAGCCUCAACGCCACAAGCCAGUAUGACGUCGCCUGAUCAGAUCGUCGCCGCUACACCUACACCUGGUGGAAGCUCAAAUCUAAAUGCGCCAACUCCCUCUGACCCUGGGUUCGAUCCCAAUAUCGACGGCGAUCUUACACUCCUCGACCCGACAGAGGAGAGCUGGGGCCUUAUCCUCCCGUACGGAGUCAAUCAAUCAACAAAUAUGGUUGAUCUUCAUCCCGCAUUGGCAACUGGAUUGCUCAUCAAACGAAGAGGCCCUAAGAUUGAAGACGGAUGCAUUGCGAUUGAAGUCAGUCUAAUUAGGUCUUCAGCACCUGCGACGGCAACUUCCACCGAAAGCUCGAACGACGAAUUGCUUGAAGAAUUGAUAGCCCAGUACCGCGGUCUUGUCACUCUAGCCGUAACGCGAGGCUGCAUUGAUCCGCUGAUUGAAUGUGUCCCAUGGCACAUCGCAGCGUCGUCGAGAGGCUCUCGGAUCCUUGGAGAAGUCCUGUAG